AUGUCAAAAUCAGCUACCACACCCACAUAUAGCACUGCCGGUACGGUAUCUGCCCCAAUCGAUUUAUCAGGGUUGAAAGGCGAACAUACGACGUUGGACUUGUCGUCAAGUAAAAAAGGAAAGAAGAUUGUUAAACCGAAUGUUAAAGUGACUUUGACCAGUCUGACGUUGAACAAUUCCGGUACUCUAAGAAGAAUCAAUAGCGUAGUGAUACCUAUCGUAUACUCUGAUAAGUUCUAUAAGGAAGUGAGAGAUCCUUCAUUGGAUGACGUGAACAAGUUGAUUUACUAUGCAGAUAUACCUGUCGGAGCGAUCUGUUGCAAAUUCGAUAAUCUGGCCAAAGGUUCUAAAGAACCUCCAACACUGGUGAUCCUGACACUUGCCAUUCUCGCACCUUAUCGAUCCCUCAAUCUUGGUACUUCCCUCCUCCUCUCCUCACUCAAAGCUUCCUUACAUCCCACCACACCCCCACCGCCCAUUCCAUCUGAUAACAAGACCAACACCCGAGCUUCUCUCACCGUCGCCCCUCCCCGAGUGAAAGUUAACCGAGCGCUGGCGCACGUUCAGGUGGGUAACGAGGAUGCUAAGAGGUUUUAUGAGAGAUUGGGAUUCAAGGAAGUUGGCAUCGAAGAGAACUACUACUCCAAAGUCGAACCUCACGGUGCUAUAAUAAUGGUCUGCGAGGAUAUAGCGAAAGCUUUGGGUGAGAGUGAACAGCCCAACGGUUCUGCCUAA